UAUAAUGUUGCGUAUCCCAGAAACUUAAAAUUGAUGACUGUCCACUUCAACGUAGAAUAUGCGCCUCAUGGUUCAUAUCCAGACAAAGAAAAACUGAGGUCUUCAAAGGCUUCUACAAUAAAUCCUUUCCAGAGUCUACAUAUAUAUCUAUGCAUAGAAACAAUUAGUAGUACUGCAGCCACCAACAAUGAUGCUUCCAUCCAAGCCGUUCUACAAAACAUGCCAGCAGGCUUUGUUCUUACUUGCCAUUGUCUUGCUUUCAUCCUUCCAAGUCUUGGCUUCCACCCCAUCUACAACUUCUUUCACUUCCGGCAGGAUUAAUGAACCAGAGGCCCUUCUCAAAUGGAAAUCCAGCCUCUCCAAACACAGCCAAUCUCUCCUAUCUUCAUGGAUCGUCGGCAAUGGGACUUGCCAUUGGGAAGGAAUCACUUGCAGCAAAUUCGGAAGCAUCGUCGGCUUGGACCUUUCAAGUCAUGGUUUGAGAGGUACACUUCACAGUCUCAACUUCUCAUCCUUGCCUAAUCUUCUCUAUCUUGAUCUAGGAAAAAAUUCGCUUUUUGGAACCAUCCCUUCUAACAUCAGCAGCCUUGCCAAGAUCACCACCCUCAUCUUGUCCUACAAUAACCUCUCAGGAAAUAUUCCUUCUGAGUUAGGCUUGCUGAAUAGUCUUAGUGUAUGUGACCUUGGUGCAAACUUUCUAACUGGCCCUAUUCCUCCAGAAAUAGGAAGCCUGAGGAGUCUCUCUAGGCUUGGUUUGUAUGAAAACAACCUCACAGGCAUUAUCCCUACAACUUUAGGGAGCUUGAGGAACUUGACAGAUCUUUAUCUUUAUGAAAAUAAACUUUCAGGUUCCAUACCUCCAGAAAUUGAGAAACUUGGAUCACUCAGUGAGCUUGACAUGUCAAGUAACAGUCUAAAUGGUACAAUUCCUGCUUCCAUUGGAAACUUGACUAAUCUAUCCUUUCUUAACCUUUAUAAUAAUAAACUCUCUGGCUCCAUACCUCAAGAAAUAGGGAAAUUGAGUCAUCUUUCUCAGCUUGAUUUGCAUGCAAACAUUCUCACAGGUUGUAUCCCUACUUCCAUUGGAAACUUGAGUAAUUUAUCCUUUCUUUAUCUUUAUGUAAACAAUCUCUCAAGUUCCAUACCAAAAGAAAUUGGACUUUUAACAUCUCUCAUAGAACUUGACUUUUCAAAUAAUAAUCUGACAGGCACCCUCCCCACUUCAAUACAAAACUUGGCCAACCUUUCCAUUCUCAACCUUUUCUCCAAUGGUUUGUCUGGAAUCAUACCUCAUGAAAUUGGAUCUCUGAAUUCGCUCGAAGAGCUUGAUUUGUCAAUCAACAAUCUUACCGGUACAAUUCCUAGUUCCAUUGGCAACUUGCGAGAAUUAACCCGUCUUUGGCUUGCUGAGAACAAACUCUCUGGGAAAAUCCCAUCUUCCAUUGGAAACAUGACAAAUCUCACGGAAUUGUUGAUACAUCAAACAGAGUUAUCCGGCACUAUUCCACCAGAGAUUGGGAAAUUGAAACUUCUUACUGAUAUAAGGUUGUUUGAUAACAAGCUCUAUGGGACAAUUCCAAUGGAGAUAAGUAAUCUUACUCGGUUGCAGUUUCUGCUAUUAGCCGAAAAUAACUUCACUGGUCGUUUACCAGAACGCAUAUGCCAUAGUCGAUCGCUUAAGGAACUUGUCGCAUAUGAUAAUCAUCUUGAAGGUCCAAUCCCGAAAAGCUUGAAAAGCUGCACUAGUUUGGUUAGAUUGAGGCUAGAAAGGAACCAUUUAGUAGGAAAUCUAUCAGAAAGUUUUGGCAUAUAUCCUCACUUAGACUACAUAGAUUUGAGUGACAACAAUCUUCAUGGAAAGGUUUCGAGGAAAUGGGGGCGUUGUGGCAAUCUCACAAGCUUGAAAUUUGCAAGAAACAAUAUUUCUGGUCAAAUUCCAUUGGAGCUUGGAAAGGCAACUAAUCUUUCUUUCCUUGAUCUCUCCUCAAACCAUCUUGUUGGAGAGAUUCCGAAGGAAUUGGGAAGGUUGCCAUCAUUGUUCAAACUUGAUCUGAGUGGUAACAAGCUUUCAGGCAAAAUACCUAUAGAGAUUGGUAUUCUAUCAAACUUAAGAUAUCUCAAUCUUGGAGCCAACAGUCUAAAUGGUUCUAUUCCAGGAGAACUAGGAGACUGCAAGAAGCUAGUGGAAUUGAAUUUGAGCUGGAAUGGAUUCCUGGAAGAAGUUCCGUUUGAGAUUGGAAAAUUUGGCUUCCUCGAAAGUCUUGAUCUCAGUCACAAUGUGCUGAUAGGAGAGAUUCCUAGUGGAUUGGGAGAAUUGAAAACCUUACAAAGGCUGAAUCUUUCACAUAAUAACCUCUCCGGUAGCAUCCCAUCAAGUUUUGGUGAUUUGUUAAGCUUGACUUCAUUUGAUAUAUCCUACAACCAGUUAGAGGGUCCUGUUCCUGACAUUGGAAGCUUCCACACAGUGCCCUUCGAUGCAGUUAGAGAUAACAAAGGUUUGUGCGGAAAUGUUACUGGUUUGAAGGCUUGUCCUACUUCGAUCAGCCAUCGUCAUGCAAAGAAGAGAGGCAAAAGAGUGGUGAUUGUAGCCACAAUCCCCAUUGUAUGUGUUCUUUUACUCUUGCUAAUCAUUUUUGCGACUUUUUUUGUGCGUACCAAGAGGCAACAAAAGACAGAGAACAAAUCUAGGGAAGGAGAAAAUCAGAAUCUAUUCACAAUAUGGAGCUAUGAUGGAAAGUUGGUUUAUGAGAACAUCAUUGAAGCAACCGAGGGAUUUGAGUCCAAGUAUUGCAUUGGAGUGGGAGGGAAUGGAAGUGUCUACAAAGCUGUAUUAUCAACUGAACAAAUUGUGGCUGUGAAGAAACUUCACCAACUACCAGACUGUGAAGUUGCAAAUUCAAAAACUUUUACAAGCGAAAUUCUUGCUUUGACAGAAAUCCGGCAUCGGAAUGUUGUCAAGUUCCAUGGUUUCUGCUCACAUCCGCGGCAUUCACUUUUGGUUUAUGAGUUUUUGGAUGGAGGGAGCUUGGAAAAGAUACUUGGUGAUGAGGAACAAGCAAUGGCGUUUGAUUGGAGUAAGAGAGUGAAUGUAGUAAAAGGUGUAGCCAAUGCUAUUUCCUAUAUGCAUCACGACUGCUCACCUCCUAUAAUUCAUAGGGACAUAUCAAGCAAAAAUGUUCUGUUGGAUAAAGAAUAUGAAGCUCAUGUCUCUGACUUUGGCACUGCAAGAAUUCUAAACCCCAACUCAUCUAAUUGGACUUCAUUAGCAGGCACAUUGGGGUACACUGCUCCAGAACUUGCCUACACAAUGGAGGUGAAUGAAAAAUGUGAUGUUUAUAGUUUUGGGGUUUUGGCAUUGGAAAUACUGGUAGGGAAGCAUCAAGGGGAUCUCAUCUCAUCUGUGUCAUCGUUGUCCUCUUCUUCGUCUUCAACGGUACAUCAUUUGCUAUUGAAGAAUCUGUUGGACCAACGUCCUUCAUCUCCCAGGAAUCGAGUAGGAAAGGAAGUGGUGACUGUUGCAAAAAUAGCAGUCUCAUGCUUACAAUCCAAUCCGCAAUCUCGGCCCUCUAUGCAACAAGUUUCUCAGGAGCUAUCAACUCAAAGACCCACUGCGCAAAAACAGUUUGACACCAUUACAAUGGGACAACUACUUGAUGUUGAGGAUUGACUCUGAAUGUUGAAAAUUUACACUCAUAGAUUAUUCUGCUAUAAUUUAUAUUUAUAUAAGUCGUAUUGAGUCGCAUCCGUAUGGACCGUAUCCUAAUUUUUGAGAGAAAUGGUGAAUUCCUUUAUCCCGCACAACAGUGCCAAUCUUCCCAUAAAUCUCUUCGAAAUUUUCAUUCCAAACAAAACAUAACGUAAAAUUGUUGGUUUUGAGCGUGGGAAAGUAUGGAGAGAACACAAGAAAGUUCAUACACGUCUCUUUUGUCUAUUUUUUUUCAGCAUAGUACAUACAUAUAUAUAUAUAUAAACAAUACAACACAUGCUCUUGACCUUUUCUAAUCUAAGAGCUUUCUAGACUAAGCUAGAUAAAGACAAACACAUAGCACAUCUCUCACACGUGGUAUACAUAAAACACAUGGACACACAUUUGACACAUGGACACACAUAUGAAGCACACGUGUACUCCAACACUCCCCUUACUGCAUAUGUGUGCAAAUCUGUAGUCUCCACUGAAUACACCUCCAACCACAAUAGUCUCCUCACACAAGCCCAAACACAAUUACGGGUCUCAUUAGACCCCUCAAACACGUGUAGCCAGCUAGGCUAUCGCCAGAAAUUUGAGGCAUGCCGCCUCCAAAUGGGCUAAGUGAACAAGACACGUGAAGCUUUGUUUCACUCCACCGCAGGUCCCAACAAAGAACUACCGUUCACCAAGAGUCUCCACUGCCGACCUUACGCCGCUCAGUAUUCCCGACUCAGAAAGAUGAAAUCUGCCAAGAUUUCACACAAGCAGACAAAUGGAGGAAAAAACACAACACCCGGGUCAUCAACAACCGUCAAACGACCACCAAAUAGCUAGAACACAACACAGACCACGGGUCACACCAGACACUGUGCUACCAUAUACACACCAAAUACAACUCCUACAUCUCAUACCACGGGGAACCACAAAAAAACUACAAAAUUUCAUUUUCUCCAUAAAAAAUACCACAGAUUGCAGUCACAAAGUCCUUGAAAUCUGACGAUGCUAGACUACUCCGCUGGUCAAUCACACCAUUCAGAUCGAACCACCAUGCGUCACGAACGUACUAUCCGAAAAACAGCACAAUCGGACCAUGGAUCGACUCCAAAUAAACCAAUUUCAGAUCUGCAACCAGUGAAGAAAUAAGCGUACCCCGUCGAUGGAACACCGUCGUCCGACCACCACACGAGCUUGCUACUGCCUUCGACCACCAGGACUGAUCCCAGCCAUCACACAACAUCAACAGAAGCUCAAAUCACCAGAAAAAACAACUCAACGAUGGCGGUUCCACUCUUUGAUCAACACAAAAGAACACAAAUGGAUGUAGGUCGUAAAAGAAAAAAAUACAAAGGAAACCAACAAAGAUUUACAAGAGUGUGGCUGCCACCACCACCCAUAAGGGCAGUGGCAGCAUAGCACAGUCUCACAGGCCCUCUAAGAA